AUGGGGGAUCUACGCAUUUUUUCAUACAUGCUCAUUAGCAUCAUGUACGGCAUCAGUACAACCACCAUAUUGAUGCGAAUCUACGUCCGCGGCUUGACAAUCAGGUCUCUCUGGUGGGAUGACUGGGUGAUGGCCGCUAUGCUGUUUUUUAAUACUGCGCAACAAGUGAUCUCCUAUGUCCUAUUCAGCCAUGGAGCGGGCUUAAACAUGGCUGAAGUUAUGACGAGUCACCCAGAAUGGUUGCCCGUCAUCCUCAAAUGGAAUCUUGUCAACCAGUUCUGGUACACGUGGCUCCAAUUUAACGUCAAAAUGUGUUUUCUGCUGUUCUACUAUCGUUUAACGGACCGCACCGGCUUUCGGCUCUGGCUCUGGGCCAUUAUGGGGUUUCACAUCAUCACCACUGUUGUGAUAGUUCUCCUCAUCGCGCUACAGUCCAUACCCUUGGCAGCCGUGUACGAGCCUUCAAAGUAUCCUGAUGCCAUAAGCCUAGACCUCAACGUCAUUUUAUUUGUCCCUUUUGCUCUCACCCUGGCCACGGACUUUUUUAUUCUCGCGCUGCCACUCCCAAUCGUCCUUUCUUUGCAAAUGUCAUCAAAACGCCGCAUGGCUGUUCUUGCUGUGGUUACGACUGGAGGACUAGCAGUCGUAGUCUGUGGACUACGAGGCAUCAUUCUGACUGAAGCCGCGAGAUCAGCAGACUUUACGCUCACUCUUGGGAAGCUACUAUUAAUGCUGAACGCCGAAAUGCAAGUCGCUAUCGUCGCUGCCAACAUGCCAUCACUCAAGACCUUUCAUACAUUCUGGAGGCUUAAAAGGCUUGGCCCCGGUCAAGGUGUUGGUGAAGAAUCUCUGGAAACGAGAUCUAGGCGCAUCGCGUCCAGAUCUCGAGGUGGAAUCGAGCUCCGAAGUGAACAGCUUGCUUCCAAGCUUCUGGACUCGGGUCGGCAUCAGGGGAUGCCAGGGCACGGCUUUGCUAAACUAACGGAAGAGAACCCUACAUACUUCAAGGAUGACGACGAUAGUACGAAGGCGAGCGCCAAAGACAGCGUCGGAAAAUUUGUGACGGCUGGUACAAGUAUUUGA